UGGUUUUUAGUUGAACGUUUUAAGAAUUUCAUUCUAUUUCUGCCCUUUGAAUCUUUUGGUUAUAUUAAUCAUUCUUCAAAUUCAAUUCAAAUUGUUUUUAAUUAAUUUGGUUUUAAUUAAUUUGGUUUUAAUUUGUUUCUCGUAUAUCGAUUUCUUUUUGAAAAAAUGAGUAUGUACCCAAAUAUUUCAGCGGAAGCAUCCGCUCCAAGUGCUCCUGGUUUUGUUGUUGACGAUGAACAUCACCAUAAAAUACCGUAUCAUGAUCAACAGCCACCUUAUGCACCAUCAUAUAAUCACCCACCUCCGCCAUAUAGUAUGGGACCAAAUUAUAGCCAAGUUCCGCAGCAGCAAAUGGGAGAUUCAUCGAACGUUGUUGUAUCACAGCCAACUUCUUCACAGACCCAUACAACAACAGUUAUCAUGGAUAAAUUUCCACCAACAUCGAUACAUAUGAAAUGUUUUUUCUGUCAGGAAGAUAUUAAAACGGUUGCUAGACCUAAAUCGAAUUUUUGUACAUGGCUUGUAUGUGCAGGUCUGUGUUUUAUUGGUUGUAUUUUCGGAUGUUGCCUGAUUCCCUUCUGUACGGAUUGUUCACGUGAUAUAUUGCACUAUUGCCCAAAAUGUAAAAAAUAUUUAGGAUCAUAUGAACGUUUCCGUUUGCGUAUAUGAAAUCGGAACAAGAAAAUCUGGAUGAUUACAUAAUAUCAAAGCUCGAACAAUUGUUUCAACAAUUGUCAUUGCAUCAUUUUUUUUUCA